CCCCUUAGAGAAUGCAAUGCUCUCUUCCAAACCUUAUAUAUAUUGGCUGAUUAAUUAUGAACUGCAUCAUCUCUCACAAACACACAAGUUUCCCUUAACUUUCUUCAUUUUCAUCUUGCCCAAAUUUCUAUCAUUAUCCUUCCAUAGAUGGCUGAACAAAUCCCAUUCAAAGUUGACCUCAUUUGCUUCUGAAGAAAUUGGUUUUGUGUAUGGCUUCAAAAAUGAUCUUAGGAGGCUUCAAACUACUCUCUCCACCAUCAAAGCUAUACUUCUAGAUGCUGAGGAGAAGCAAGAGCAGAGCCAUGCAGUCAAGGACUGGAUAAAGAGGCUUAAAGAUGUUGUCUAUGAUGCAGAUGACUUGCUGGAUGACGUAGCAACUGAAGGUUUGCGAAGAAAGGUUGAAGGUCAGGGAAGAAUUGUAAGGAAGGUAUGCGACUUCUUUUCUUCCUCAAAUCAGAUUGCAUUUCGUUUUAAGAUGGGUAAUAGAAUUAAAGACCUUAGAGAGAGGUUAGAUGAAGUUGCCAAUGAUUUGUCUGGCUUUCGCUUUAUAGUUAGGAAGGAAGUUGGAGUAGAUAUGCGAGUUAAGAAUAGUUGGAGGGAGACGGACUCCUUUGUACAGGAAUCUGAAAUGAUAGGAAGAGAUGGAGAUAAGAAAAAAAUCAUAGAAUCAUUAUUGUGUCCAGACAAUCAAAGCAAUGUUUCUGUAGUUGCAAUUGUCGGUUUUGGUGGCUUAGGAAAGACUGCCCUUGCCCAAUUAGUGUAUAAUGAUGAGAAAGUGAUGAAUUAUUUUGAUUUGAAAAUGUGGGCAUGUGUUUCUGAGGAGUCAAACAUUGAAAUGAUAGUUAAAAUCAUCCUUAAAAGUGCAAAUAUUGAAGUGUCUAACUCGUCAUUGGAACAGUUGCAAAUCCGCCUUAGACAACACUUAGAAAGGAAAAAGUACUUGAUGGUCUUGGAUGAUGUGUGGAACGUAGAUUAUAGAAUUUGGAGUCAAUUGAGAAAAUAUUUGAUGGUUGGUGCAAUAGGAAGUAAGAUUUUAGUAACAACUCGUAACAAGAGUGUUGCUUUAGCUAUGGGUGUAAACUCUCCAUAUGCUUUAGGGGGCCUAACAGAAGAUCAGUCAUGGGAUUUAUUUGAGAAGCUAGUAUUUAGAGAGGGAACAAGUAGAGUGAAUCCAAAUUUAAUAGAAAUAGGAAAAAAAAUUGCAAAAAAGUGCAAAGGAGUUCCACUUGCAAUCAGAGCUUUAGGAGGCAUAAUGCAACUAAAAAGUAGAGAAAGUGAUGAAUGGUUGUCUGUCUUAGAAAAUGAGAUAUGGAAGUUGUUUGAGAGUAAGAAUGAUGUUGGUCCAGUGUUGAAAUUGAGCUAUGAUCACUUACCAAAUCAUUUAAAGCAAUGUUUUGCGUAUUGUGCCAUGUUUCCUAAAGAUUAUGAGUUUGAUAAGGAGACGUUAAUUCAAUUAUGGAUGGCACAAGGUUAUGUUCAAUGUUGGAGUCAAAGUGGAAAUGAAAGUUUAGAGGAGAUUGGCGAUGGAUACUUCAAUGAAUUAUUAUUUAAGUCAUUUUUUCAAAAGGAUGAGCAUGGUUAUAAAAUGCAUGAUAUCAUCCAUGACCUUGCACAGUCAAUAGCAGGGGAUAGUUGUUUUGUGGUAAAUGAUACUACUAAAGAUAUUCCUGAUAGAGUCCAACAUGUGUAUUUUGAGGGGCUGCCUUCUGAGGAAUGCUUGAGAAAGUUCAAAAACAAGGGGUUGAGGACACUAUUUUUUUCUCGUGAGUUAGAUAUAAAUUUAGAUAGUAUUAUUUCAAAUUGUAGAAGUUUAUGUGUAUUGAGUUUACGUGGGUGGUAUAUCGAUGGAUUGCCAGAUUCAAUUGGAAAGUUGAAGCACUUAAGGUAUCUUGACAUUUCAAGAAAUCAAAUAAUCGAAUCACUUCCAAACUGUAUUUGUAGUUUGUAUAAUUUGCAAACUCUAAUACUCUCAGAUUAUUGGGUUCUUAGAGAAUUACCGAGAGAUAUAAGAAAAUUGAUUUGUCUUAGAAGUCUCAUGAUUGAUGAAUGUAAUAGGCUUGAAUACAUGCCAGUGGGGUUAGGGAGAUUAACUAGUCUGAAAAGAUUAUCUAAUUUUAUUGUGGGAAGGGAUCAAGGAAGGAGAUGUGCCACGUUAAAUGAAUUGAAUAGCCUAAAUCAGCUUAGUGGUGAAAUUUCCAUUGAAUUACGAGGAAAUGUGAGAAGUGCCGCGUUGGAGUCCAACCAAGUAAAUCUCAAGGAAAAGAAACACCUUCACUCCUUGGAUUUGUAUUUCUAUUGGUCUGGCACGGGAGAUAUUGAUAGUGGAAAUAGUGAGUUGUUGUUGGAUAACCUACACCCUCACCCUAACUUGAAACAAUUGCAUGUUAAUGGGUACGAAGGUGUGAGGUUUUCAAAUUGGCUUUCUUCUAUCACAAAUCUUGUCGAUAUUGAUAUAAGAGCAUGUCCAAAAUGCGAGCAUCUACCACCGUUGGAUCGUCUCCCUUCUCUGAAAUCUCUCAGACUUGACGAGUUCAAUUCACUGAAUUAUAUAUCGGAUGAGAUGGCAGAAUCUUCCUCUUUUUCAUCUGCAUCAACAACAUUCUUCCCAUCCCUAAAGAUUCUUCAACUCAUUUACUGCCCUAAUCUGAAAGGGUGGUGGAGAACAUGUAGGGACGCUGACCUAGUGCCUCAAUUUCCUUGUCUUUCUCACUUAACCAUUCGGAAUUGCCCUAACCUGACUUUGAUGCCAACGUUUCCAUCUCUGGACAUGGAUCUGUAUCUUUCAAAUGCCAACAUAAGACCAUUGCAUCAGACAUUGAAGAUGAAGAUAAUGACUGCAACGGCUUCCACAUUACCAUCAACCUCUUCUUCAGUCACUGCUUCAUUUCCCAAAUUAAAGUCUUUGUAUUUAGAAGAGAUUGAGGGUCUAUCAUCUCUACCUGGAGAGUGGAUGCAGAAUCUCAUCUCCCUCAAGAAUCUUACUGUUUCUUAUCUAUCAAGUCUGGUGUCUCUACCGAGGGAGCUUCGACAUGUUACCACCUUGCAGCAUCUGGAAAUCAGCGAUUGUUCUAAUUUGACAGCUUUGCCUGACUGGAUGGGCAAUCUCACAUCACUUGAAUAUCUGCAGAUCAAGAACUGCCCCAAACUGGAAUCGCUACCAAAAGUAAUGCGUCAAAUCACCACUUUACAACGGUUGAUAAUUAAGGAUUGCCCCCAUUUAUCUGAAAGAUGCGAACACGACAUGGCUGCAGAUUGGCCCAACAUUUCUCACAUCCCAUAUAUCAUGAUAGAUAGGCAUCAAAUUCAAGAGCGUGGCCGCUAUUUAUUGUAAGAAGAAGGAGACUCCUCUGCUUCCACCGAGGUACAACUAUAGAAGAAUGAUUCUACUUAGCUUUGACUAUCCAUGGGAUGGUAGAACAUAUUGCUAGCUCCAACAACAGAAUUAUAUGUUGCACACAGCAAACCUUUUUCUACUUCAGAAUUUUAGAAAGGGAAUAGAAGCAAAUGAUGUUUGUCCUGCAACAGAUGAUAUUUGGAUUUUGGAAGUUGUAAAUUACUUUAGGAUCUACUCUUCUAAUAGAAUUCAGGAAUGAAGCAAUUUUGAACUUGAAGCUUAUAUUGCACAUAUUUCCUUUUUCCAUGAUUACAAAGGAUCAUCAGCUGCUUCUACAAGGUAUCUCUCUCCAUCUGGGCUGGAAGGAUGUUGAUAACUUGAAUUAACUCUUACAAUAGACAUUUAGCAUCAAUGUUGCAUUUUCGGAGGCAAUGAGAAUCUGCAUUCUGUCUAAAUUCUGUCAAUUACCACAUCUCUACCUCUUCGAGAAUCGAGAAGCUAGCGACUGCAGGGUGCAUUGGAAUGUAUCAUUGAUGAUGAUGAUGGAUCACAAGUCACAACUCACCACGAUGUCAUGUUCGCCGAGCCAUCAUGCUGCAAUCCAGCCACUUUGGAGUUAGGACCAUGGAAUGAAUACAACCUGGAGCAAGGUCGGAUAUCAAAGUAACAGAUCCUAAAACGUGGAGAAAUUUCUCUGGGAAAAUGAGGCUAAAAUUCUUAGAUUUUUGUAAGAAAUUUAUGUGCUGCUACAAACUAUGGAAAAAAGCGCAUCUAGUAAUCUCUAUUAGCAUCCGCUUUCAUGUAGGCACAGAGCAAGUGUGAGUUUACAUGAAAUUUGGUUUCUUCCCUUGACCAUCUGAGCAUUAGGUUAUAAAGGGAGCUUAACAGAGUGCAUCUUGCACAUAUUCAAUCUCUGCAAUCACUCACCAGUUCCAAAGUUUAUGAGUUGGGAUGGUCUGCCAGCUUUACACUGGUAUAUACAUUCCUGGAUCUAGCUUUACACUGCCAGUUCCAAAGUUGCUUUGCCAUUGGUUGCGUUGGAAAGAAGAAUUCUUAACUGUUUCUACAGGUUGCAUGCGCUUUCACAGCCUACUGGAAAAUCUUUUAGCAAGCAGUCUCUAAUUUUAUUAUACCUUGUGCAUCUAAGUGUAGAGCAAAUGUUCUUUCUUUUGGUGCUGCAAUUUGGUGAAACUCCCACAUCUUUGCUCGAGAGAGGAACAGUGAAAUGCAACUCUGAGCCAUUGAACAAGAAAUACAAACAGCUACUAUGAUAGAGGAUUUGUCACUUGUCAAAGUUAGUUCUGGUUAUGCCUUAGUUGUUAAUAGAUAUUGUGAUAUUUUUAAAAUGUAAUUCUAUUUUAUUUUAUUAGGAGUCUGGGACUAAGGGAAAUUUCUAUGUUUAUGUCAAUUUCACCACUGAAAUACAUGGAAUUGUUGUUUAAAUAUAACAGGUUCUUUUUUUUUGGUCAAAAGUUAACUUUUUUUUUUUAUUUGACACACUGGGAUUUAUUUGUUUGGUUCUUUUCUAGUUGUAUAUAAUUAUAAAGGCAAGGUAAAAUUCAGAUGAAAGGAAUCAUCAGCUACUUCUACAAGACAUAUGCAGGGCUUUAUCUGGUAAGUAAAUCAACUACCCGCUUUGUUCUAUCUUCCCUUUUAUCUUUCAAGUUUGUCUCUGUACUCUAUGCAGGGCUGGAAGGAAGUUUAUAAAACUCUUGGAACAGACAUUUGGAAUCAAUUUUUCAGUUUCAGAAGCAAUCAGAAUUUCCAAAGGAAACUGAUUGUAUAUAUCAGCAAAAUGGGAAAAUGGAAAGAGAAAACGAGGAAGAGGUUGAAAGAGAACGAAACAGAGAGAGCGUGUCCUCGGUGACAAAACAGAGAGGGCUUGAGAGAGAGACCCCCGAUAACUCCACUCAUCUGCAGCCAAAUUCCGGACAUCAAUUACCGGGAAAACGAUCCAAAAAUCAGACUUGAAGCUUUUUAUUUUAGAGAGAGACGGCGUUGCUCGUCAUUGUCAUCUUCUCUUCCCCUCAUUGGCAUCUUCUCUUUGACACAAAUAAUUGGUGGCGGUAGAAGUGGAUACAACAAAGACAAAUGAAGUAACUAGACUAGACGAACAAUUAAUCAUCCUUAGAUGGAGUAAUUAGGCACAUUAAUUAGAUGGGAAAAUAAAUAUGAAUUUUGAAUUUUGCUAGAUUUAGUAAUUGAUUACUAUUAACGAACAUUUUCAGAGUGAGUUACAAAACUUUUAUACGUUCAUUUAAUAUCUUGUAUUUUCUUUUUGUCGAAUUAAUAAGUUAUACAGUUUUCAUAGGUAA